AUGUUUAGAAAAUCUGAUAAGGAUAGAAAAAAUGAAGCCAUUUAACAAGCAGUUCCAGAAGAAAAAUACAGAAAACCAAGUCCAUUAGGAGGGAACAAGUGGGAUGAAGAGGGUUUCUUAGAAUUUAACGGAGUUCAAAAAGGUCAACAAAUUAAACUUCACACUUACAGAUGUAAAACAACUUUAUCUGACCCAAAAUCUGUAACUGUUUUUUUUCAUGGUCUUAAUGAACAUCUUGGAUUAUAUGCUCAUAUUGCUUAGGCUAUCAGUAAAGAGGCAAAUAGCAUUGUUGUUGGAUUUGAUUUCAGAGGAUUUGGCAAAAGUUAAGGUCUGAGAGGAUGGUUGGAAUCUAGAGAAUAAUUAGAAAGUGAUUGUUCAAGAUUCAUAAUACAAAUUAGAACUAUGUAUCCAAGACUACCUUUAUUUACUCUUGGUUAGUCUAUGGGUGGAAUGGCAUCGUAUUUGAUGGGAUUAAAUGAUAUUUGUGAAGGAACUGUGUUGAUUUCACCUGCAAUAUUGGAUAAUUAUUAUAAUUAACCAUUUAUGAAGAAAUUAGGAUUGUGUUUUGGUGCUUGCUUUCCAACCUGGAAUCCAUUUCCACCUGUUGUAGUGACAGGAUCAAGAAAUCCAUAAAUCUUAGAAGAGAACUUAAAGGAUCCAUAUUGUACUUAGGUAGCAGUGUUACCAGGAACAGGUAGAGUACUUGUAUCAACAAUGAGAUCACUUCCAAGAACUUUUACUUAAUAUAAAAAACCAUUUUUAGUGAUCUCAGGAGGAAUGGAUUAAAUUGUAGAUCCUGAUGUGGGACAUGAACUUAUGAAAUAAAGUCCUUCUCAAGAUAAAUAAUUGAUCCAUUAUGAGAACAUGUGGCAUGAUUGUGUUUAGGAGUAGGAAAUACUUGAAAUCAUACCUAAAAUUGUAGAUUGGAUAUCAGAAAGAUCAAUUAAAUGA